AAAUGAACAAGCUACAAAAGAGACUUUCACUGAAGACGGAUGGCUUCAGACCGGUGAUAUUGGAGAAUGGAAAGAGAAUGGAACUUUAUGUAUUAUUGAUAGAAAAAAGAAUUUGGUGAAACUCUCAAAUGGAGAAUAUAUUGCUCUGGAAAAACUCGAAUCUGUCUACAAAUCCACGCUUUAUGUGUCCAAUCUUUGUAUUUGUGCAAACUCAUUACAGAGUAAACCUGUGGCUCUUAUAUACCCUGUAGAAGCUCAGAUCCAUAAUAUUGCUAAGGAAAAGG